GGAUCUUGUUUCUCCGUACAGAUAAAGCUACUCCUAAUCGGCGAUUCUGGCGUCGGAAAGUCGUGUUGUCUGCUGCGUUUUAGUGAAGACAGCUUCACACCAAGCUUCAUUACGACAAUCGGAAUCGAUUUCAAGAUCCGGACCAUCGAGCUGGAUGGAAAGCGGGUGAAGCUUCAGAUCUGGGACACUGCUGGACAGGAACGCUUCCGGACCAUCACGACAGCGUACUAUCGCGGUGCUAUGGGCAUCUUGCUUGUCUACGAUGUCACCGAUGAGCGCUCUUUCAACAACAUCCGAACGUGGUUCUCCAACGUAGAGCAGCAUGCGACCGAGGGCGUCAACAAGAUACUGAUCGGCAACAAGUGCGAUUGGGAGGAGAAGCGAGCUGUCUCCACCGAGCGCGGCCAGCAGCUUGCUGACGAGCUCGGCAUACCUUUCCUCGAGGUCUCGGCCAAGAGCAACAUCAAUGUGGAUAAGGCUUUCUACAGUCUUGCGACCGACAUCAAGAAAAGGAUCAUGGAUACGACCAAAGCUGAGGAGAGGCAAGGUGCUAACCCGAACUCGAUUGACCCGAGCCGGGAGGGUGGAAGCGUUGGAGGGAAGUGCUGUUAG